AAGAGGAUCGGCAAUCGUCAUGCUCUUCUCUUUUCUACAUCGUGGUUUUAUUUUAUUUAAAUAAUGAUAACAAGCAAAAUCAUGCGUAUAAGCUAUAAGUGUAAUGCAUACAGUACAAAAUAAAAAUACUGAAUAUUAAAUAAUUCAAUAUUAUUGAUGUUAUAUUAAAUUAUUAAUCAUAGUUUUUACACAGUAUUUAAAAUGACUAAGACCAAGAAAAGUAAAAAAAUUCUUAACAAACAAUUUGCUGUUAUGAAGAAGACAAUCAAACCAACAGACACAAGAAUAAAAGAAGAAAAAAGAACUAUAAUAAAGAAAAAAAUAAAUAAAGAUAAAACUGUCACCGUCCGUCAAGUAGCCCAAACAAGUUCGGCCUUGUUUUUCCAGUUUAACACACAGUUAGGACCUCCAUAUCAUAUCUUAGUAGAUACCAAUUUUAUCAGUUUUUCUAUAAAAUAUAAAAUGGAUGUAGUUCAGAAUAUGAUGGAUUGUCUAUAUGCUAAAUGUAUACCAUAUGUAACAGACUGUAUUGUUGGUGAAUUGGAAAAAUUAGGACAAAAGUAUAAAAUAGCAUUAAAAAUUGUUAAAGACCCACGAUUCCAAAGAAUACAGUGUAUGCAUCCUGGCACAUAUGCUGAUGAUUGUUUAGUUCAACGAGUAACCCAACAUAAAUGUUAUAUAGUAGCUACAUGUGAUAGGGAUUUAAAGAGGCGUAUUAGAAAAAUUCCUGGUGUGCCAAUUAUGUACAUUGCUCAAAGAAGAUAUACCAUUGAAAGAAUGCCCGAUGCUUAUGGUGCUCCUAAAAAAUAAUUUGUAAUGUAAUGCUUAUCAAUAGUUAAAUAAAAUUUUUAAUAUUUUGGUAA